AUGGGUUAUAACUAUGAAAUUCAUUACAAAUCGGGAAAAGACAAUGUUGUCGCCGACGCAUUAUCUCGAGUAACUGAGCCACCAAUUGAGGAAAUCUGUGCAGCUAUUAGUCAGAAUCUAAUCAGGAAAGCACAAGAAGACACCAAAAUGAGGCAACAUUUUUCUCACAAAUCAGACCUACUCUACUUCAAAGAUAGACUGUUUAUACCGGAAGAAACAGGGUUUCGAUUGGAAAUUCUACAAGAAUUCCAUGCUUCACCUUUAGGCGGCCACUCCGGUAUUCAAGCUAGCUUGGCACGUGUAUCAGCAUCCUUCUAUUGGCCGGCUCCAAUUUUCAUUUCUGAGAUCUACAAACUCCAUGGGGCACCCAAAACAAUUGUUAGUGACAGAGACCGUAUAUUUGUCAGUCAGUUUUGGCGCUCCUUGUUCAAACACCUGGGAACCACACUUUCUUUCAGUAGCUCUUACCAUCCUCAAACCGACGGACAAACUGAAGUUGUAAAUCGUUGUUUGGAAACAUACCUGCGUUGUUUUGUGAGCGACGAGCCACAACUUUGGGUUUGCUUCCUCUCGCCUACGGAAUUUUUGUAUAACACAUCUUUUCACUCUGCGAAAGGUAUGACUCCGUUCGAAGCCCUCUACGGUCGCAAACCACCCACCUUGGUUCCAUACACCACUAGGAAAUCCAAAAUCAACACCUUAGAUGAAUUACUUCACAACAAAGCUCGCAUCCUCCGUCUGCUCAAAGAAAACCUCACCAAAGCCAUAAAUCCUAUCGUUCAACAAGUAAACCUCCAUCGAAAGGACAAACAAUUUGAAGUUGAUAAAUGGGUUUUCUUGAAAUUACAACCUUACCGACAAAGUCAUGUCCAACAUCGACCCUCACAGAAGCUAGCAAAGCGAUACUACGGCCCUUUCCGCAUCCGCCGACGCAUUGGUCCAGUAGCUUAUGAGCUGGAGCUUCCUGUUUCCUCUCGGAUCCACCCUGUUUUCCAUGUGUCUCUCCUCAAGCUUUGUCACGGCCAACCAGUUACUCAGGUCUCCCCCCUUCCCGAUCCGAUAGCUUUUUCGCCUCAAGAACUGACCCCAAUUGCUGUGCUAGCUCACAAACCUCUGCAUGGUGAAAUCAAAGAAGUACUGAUUCAAUGGGACGACAUUCCAAUUUCCGAAGCAACUUGGGAACAAAAGUCACUGUUUCAAGCAAAGUACCCUCACUUUAAUCUUGAGGACAAGAUUUGUGUCAAUGGGUUAGGGAUAAGAGAGGGAGAAUUGGUGGGAAUGUUGUUGGGUAGAUCAGGGGAGGGUGUUAGGGGUAGAACUGGGCAUGUUGAUGGGGAGGGAACCUUGGAUAGGGAAAGGGAAGACGGUUUCAAAAAAGGCAGUGGCCUUAGAUAUGAAAAUGUAUCUAGUUUGGAGUUCAUAAAGAAUGUGUCUUUUGACACCAUACUUGUUACCUAG